CUUUUUCUUUUUUUUUAAUCGUAUUCCUUUUUUUUCGUCUCCGAUCAUUACUAUUGCCUGCUAGUUAGUUCUUUUGCAUGGAAAUAACUGGGCUAAGCCAAACUUACCUGUCUGUUGGAUACUCCUGAAAGGUGGUGGCAUCAAAACUGCAAAGUCCUCGAGCUGCCCGUUUGGGUAAGCAUCUCCUUUGGGGACUAGUCCUCUCUCUCUGUCUGUCUCUCGUCGUCUCGUUGCCUCUUAUGGAUCAACAGCUCGUCGCCAUUCAUAAAACAUCUGCUUUCCCUCCCUUUCCUACUUUCUGUAUCUCAUUCUCUUCUUCUUGUUGAUUUUAUACGAUAUUAUUUUUAUAUUCUUUUCUACGUAUCCCUUCUUUCCUUAUUUCUUAGUAUAGUACAGCAAUAUACCCCUCCAUCAUGGCUACCCUCGAUACCCUCAGACAUCUUAUUCAAUCCCACCCCAUCAUCGAUCACCACGCCCAUAAUAUCCUCUCUCGCCAGUCUGCCCAAAACUAUGCUACAUACCCCUUCGAGCAAAUCACCUCCGAAGCACAAGGCCCGGCCUUGUCGAGUGCACCCUCGACGUUGCCUCUGAUCCGGGGAGCCAACCAACUCGCAGAGCUCUACGGUUGUGCACCGGAGUGGGAAGCUGUCAAGGUCGCUCGCGAUCAAUGGGUGGAGCGUGACUAUGAUGGCUUGGUCCGUCGUUGUUUGGAAGGGACCCAUGCCUUGUUGCUCGACGAUAUGUUGACUGAUGUUGACGUCGAGCCUUAUGACUGGCAUGAUCGCUUCACCGUCUCCGAAACCAAACGUAUUGUGCGAAUCGAAGCCCUGGCCGCAAAGAUUCUCUCCGCCAUGCACGAGUCGUUAAGUACAGGUAGUGUGGACCAAGGCCAUUUUGACCUGUUCCGCGAGAGCUUCAAGCAGAUGGUGUCCUCAGCCAUCUCCGACCCCGCCGUGGUGGGGUUCAAGUCGGCAAUCUGCUAUCGUACAGGCUUGAACAUCCCGGUGAAUGUCGAGCCCAGUGCUGUCCUUGAAUCAUUUGCCCGUACAGCUCAGCAGACUGGGGGUACUUACCGGGUGGAAGACAAGCCCUUCAAUGACUGGUUGGUUCUGCAGACCCUGGACCUUCUGAAGGCUGCCCGAAUUGAGACCGGUGUGAUCGGGAAGCCAUUGCAGCUUCACACCGGUCUGGGAGACGCUGAUAUUAGUCUCCUGUUGUCCAACCCUGCAUACUUGCAGCCCGUCAUUGCUGAGUACCCCGAGGUCGACUUUGUGUUGUUGCACUCUUCCUACCCAUACACCCGCGAGGCUGGCUACCUGGCCUGUGUGUACCCCAAUGCCUAUCUGGAUCUCGGAGAGGUCUUCCCCAUGGUCAGCCGGGAUGCUCAGGAGUCCAUCGUCCGACAGAGUCUUGAAAUUGUGCCGACCACCCGCCUGCUGUGGAGUACCGACGGCCAUUUCUUCCCUGAGACCUUCUGGUUGGCCAACAAGCAAUUCCGCCAGGCUCUCGAGAAGGUCCUCCUGAGCUAUGUGAACAAUGGCGACCACACCGUCUCUCAGGCAAUGGAGGCAGCAGCAGACAUUCUUUUCCACAACUCUAACAGAUUGCACAACCUGAACCAGCAGCCCCGUUUUGAAACUUCUGCCCUUCCGGUGAGGUCUUUGGAAUCCCUGUCGUCUACCUCCUCGAUCGAAGCCUUCAUGCGAAGCAACCCCGACGUGAAAUACAUCUGGAUGCAAUGGGUUGACUAUACCGCGACCGUCCGUGUGCGCAUGUUCCCCAUCCUCGAGUUCGCAAAGAUUGUCCGCAAGCAACGCCGAAUCGGCAUUAGUUUGGCAGUGUUCUGGAUGCUGAACGAUGACACCGUGCUUCCCGAAGGAUCCACCACUGGCCAGUUCUACAUGGAGCCCGACCUUACCAGUCUCUACCGAAACGUGGGAGUCGACUCGAAGAGCGCCAAGGUCAUGACAUACUGGCGUUCGGAGGAGGGUACUGAGCUGGAGGGAUGCCCACGGACAACCUUGCAGAACCAGGUCAACAGACUCAAGGCCGAGUAUGGAAUCGACGCUACCUGCGGGUUCGAGGUCGAAGUUGUGUUCCUAAAGCCCAUUAUCAACGACAAGGGCGAGCAGGAGUACGAGCCGGCAGUUAAGAACCACUCGUGGUCUCAAAUGACUUCUGACACCCGACGCAUGGUCCCAGUGCUGGAGGAAGUCGCCGAUGCACUCGCAUCGAUUGGAAUUAACCUGGAGCAAUUCCACUCGGAAUCCGCUCCUGGCCAAUUCGAAUUCAUCCUCCCUCCCGGCUCCCCGGUCGCCGCCGUCGAUACCCUCAUCACCGCCCGACAGGUGGUUACCAACAUCCUCGAACAGCACGGCCUUCGCGCCACCCUUCACCCACGCCCAUAUGCCAAGGCUGCCGGCACGGCCUCGCAUGCCCAUAUUUCCAUCUCCCCUGCUACUCACGAGGAUGCCUUCCUUGCCGGUGUUAUGGAGCACUACCGAUCCAUGGCUGCCUUCACACUGGCACAAGACACCAGUUACGAGCGCGUCAAGGCUGGCAUCUGGGCCGGAAGCGAAUGGGUUACCUGGGGUACACAGAACCGUGAAACUCCCAUCCGAAAGAUCUCCCCGGGACACUGGGAGAUCAAGUCCCUCGAUGGCUUGGCCAACAUGUACCUGGCCAUGGCUGCCUUCCUGGCAUCUGGAUACUUGGGUCUGAAGGAGAAGAAGGAAUUGACCCAAAAGGACUGCCUAUUCGACGCCGCAACCCUCAGCGAUGCCCAGCGAGCCGACCUCGGAAUCACCACCCAACUUCCCAAGUCCAUCGAAGAGAGUCUCAGCGCCCUGGAAGCUAACCCGGCCCUUCAGGAACUCAUGGGCCCGGACUUCGUGAAGAACUACGCUAUCACCAAGCGUGCGGAAAGCAAGCGCCUAAGCGGAAUGGAGCCAGAAGCACGCCGCAAGUGGCUCGUGGAGCGAUACUAAGCUUGGCAUUUCUAUCUUUUUCAUCUUACAUAUUUUUUCUGGGAUAUUACAUAGUACAUAGACUAGCAUUGCGCGUAUUCUGCAUAUGGACCUUUAAUGAUACCUGAUACCUAUCUGUUGCGUGACAGGCUGUGAUAAUCAUAAAACAUCCAAAACCAAGUCGUAAUUCGUGUACCUUCGUUCUUCCUAUUCUUGCACUAUUUUUUUUAAUAUUUAGAUAAAUCAAAAUAACAACCAUGGUAUCUCAUAAUGCAUAUACCCAGACACCAAACAAACCAGCCCAAUAAAAAAACAUUGCCAUCAUGCAUGCAGAGAAAGGGGGGAAAGUAUAGUAUAGGAAAAUUCAAAUCAAUCACAAGCGGAAGAAGACCGCUUCAGGCCCUUCCCCUCCCACUCAUCAAGUAGCCUCGAAACCUCCUUGAAGGAAACAGGCUUGGUAAGGAACAAAUCC